GAACGCUUGGGCUAGGAGACGCUGACGGGUCAACACAGCGGUAGACAAACCAAGGACGCCUUAUCUGAUAUCAAAGAUAAAACGGCUUGAAAAUGCUUCAAGAUUUAAAUUGCAUGGGAAGUAAGUGACUAUUAUGUAGUUUAUUCAAAUUUUAAUAGUUUUGUAUUGAAAAUGCUUUAAUUGUUAAUUGUUUUAUAUGCUGAAAUGCGCCGUUUGUGUUUAAGAUUUGCGCUUUAGUUGAUAAUUAUACAAGGGUAAUUAAUUUAAGCUUAUAGUUCGACUGUGAAACUUUUUUGUACUGAUGGCCGAAUGGUUUUGCAUUGCAAUCAGAGUUUUAAUAAUAAUGCAAUAACGAAUGUAAAUUCAUUUCAGCUUUGCAAAUGUGCUGCAUGCACGAUUUGUUUUACAUAUAACAGAGUUGAAUAACGUUUGCAUGGCAUUGACGCUUUUUGUAGUAAUUCAAAGUUCUACAGGGGCGAGCAAGCCAUGACAAAACUAAUUUUCAUUCAAGCAUGAGAAAUGCAACUUAGGAACUCGUGCAAAUGCCAAAUGAAAUUCGAAAUUGAACUGGGAAAGCUAAGGCAUGAAUAAUCGAUCGAAUGACAAUAUAUUGAAUCUGCAGCGGUCUACGUUUUGUUUGUGAUGAAAUACGCAUGUUUGGAAAUCACAGAGAAUUUUUAAAAGCAGUAUACUAGAUAUUGUGAGGUUGUAUCAAUUGAAAAAUAUUGAAUCAGUAUUUGAAUCGGUAUUUUGCUUUGUAUCUAUCAAAAUUCUAUCGGUUUAUCAUAUUAUACCUAAUUUGUUAAUUAGUUUUAUAAAUUUCAAAUAUUGGUUCGUAAUAAAAAAGUAACCGCUAAUUUGUAAACGUUUAUACGAAAAUACGAAGGAAAUUGAAGCAAGCCCUGCUAAAGUGUCUCGCUUAAACGAUAUUCAAAGCGUCUGUAAAAGUUGCAACAGGUGGAAAAUCCUAUGACAAGCAUUUCUAGCGGUUUUUGCACGCACAAAUGUAAAGUGGGCUAAAAAUGAACGACGAAUAAUAAGCGAUUAUCUGAACAUACUAUACAGAUUCGUUAAAUUCGUCCUAAAGAUUCGGGUAUAUUCAAUUCAACUCUUGCCGGGUUUUUUUAAAAAAUUCGGCAUAGCUUUCGAAAUGCUUCAGGACGAUUCAUUCUGCAUUCGUUUUCAGCAACAGGUGGCGACAUAUACUACUCUUGCAAAUAAUGAGUUGAAAAUGCAUAAAAUUAACAAUGUUUGUUAAGACAUAAUUCGUCAUUGUUAUAUUCAGCUCAAAACUGAGUUGAAUAAGUUUAAGUUGUUAUUUUGCGCAUUAAGAUUACGUUAAUGUACAAUAAAACAUAAUACUUUUAAAGCAACUGGUAUAGUAAAGAGAAUGGGCUGAAAUGCCAUCAUAAAAAAACACAACAAAAAUUGAUGUUUACGCACCGUUGAGGUUGAUCAAAUUCAACAGAAAUAUUGCAGUUUUUUGCAUCAAAGAUAUAUAUGUAUAGAUUCUUUCGAAAAGCGCGAGAUAUAGUUCUCGGCAAAGCAACAGGUGCCAUCUAAUUAAUAUACAACUCACAACAAGCUGGGAAAAUAUGACAGUAUAGCUGAAAAUAGAAGGAGAACUUCGACGUUCCAAGCUAAUUUCUCGACGAAGGGCCUUCGCUCGAAUUAACGUCGAAGUUCUCCUUGUAUUUUUCAAGUAGUUGUAUCCCUAUCAAUCAGAAACUUUCUUAUUGUUGCCACUUCCUACACUGCCAUAGAUCUUCAAGAUUAUAAUAUAUGACAGGUGGAAUAUGUAUUGGAACGAAGUUUAAUUUAGUCAUUCAGCCGCUCAAUCAAACUCAAAUAAAAUAGCUUAUUAAACUGCUAUCAUCUAUUGUAGUUUAAUUUACUGCCAUUGAUAUGGAGUAGAUCUCAAAGAGGACAUAUAAGAAACUCUCAAAACAACAGGUGGCACUUUAAUUUCUGCACAAAAUACUACGUACACAAAUAAGGCUGCAAGGAACAAGUUAAGAUUAUUCAGAAUCUUAUCAGGCAAUAUAACGUAUCCUAGAUUAUAGUAUAGAUAUUUGUUCAAUGCGACUUUGUGCAUUAAUUGGCAAUUGGAACAACCGGACCUAGAAAGCAACUAACCGCUUAGGAACUUUCAAAACAGCAACAGGUGCAAUCCAAUUAUCGCUUCGUAUUAUACGUACUUUAAAGUAUGCACUAAAUAUAUGAAUGGACAAAGCAUAGUUAGAACUAUUACGGACGAAUGGUCAGAGAUUAUUAUAUUUUCCCAAAAAAUAAAUUCUUCAAAAUGUGGCUGCCGGAAAAUAACCGAAAGGAAUCAGGGCGUAUCAAGGAUAAUUGCGCAUAUAUUUUAUCUGAUUAUCUUGGUAUAAAUAUAUAACUCGAAUCCAAGUGAAUAGUAUCACACCAUCACAUAUAUAGUGUUAUCGAUAUUGAAAACUGCCAUACCGUUUAGUAAAAGGUUUUAGCCCCAAGAUGCAACAACAUAUAACCUCAUUACAAAAACGGUCAAUCAGUUACAGGUGACGCACGUCAAUUGAACCAAUAAGAACCAGGCAAUGACCCUCAUAAAAUAUUCAUUGUUAUUGCCUGCCAAACCUAGUUUAGUUUACAAGCGUUUGAGGGCGAAAGAAUCGCGUCCUGACAACCUGUUGCGUCUAAUACAGCCACACACGACAAAAAGGAAGAUAUUUUAGUUGCUUAAAAAUAUGCCAGGUUACACGAAAGGUGAGAUCUAGUGUGUUCAUUAUUUUAAUUCACAAAGUCAAUAGUUUUUAAGCAUUUUUAGGGUGAAAAAUAUUACUAUGGUUAAUUAUGCGUAAUUCACUUUGUUGACCGCUAAUCAUGCGCAAUGCGCUGGUACCACGUAUAGUCGUUUACAAUGCUUUGAAGUAAAGCAAACUUGCAUGGCGAUAAAACAUAUAAUAGUUUUGUUUGUGGAAACACCACGUAAAUUUAUUACUGCAGUAAUAAAUUUACGUGGUGUUUCCACAAACAAAACUAUUAUAAAGCAAACUUAGCUAAAAGAAUUGUAGUCAAAAUAUAAAAUUUAUAGAUUGCGCAAAAAAUACGCAGAUAUAGCCCGCAUGCAGUGUAUUCACUUGAACAAAGUAUAUAUUAAGGUAUACAAAAUUCGUGAGUUAUAUAAAGUAUGUAAAGCUAAGUAUAUAUAUACAAAUUGAUUAAUAAAAGUUUAGUAAAUAUAUAAAUCUAAAUUAAAACCGCCAUAAUUUUCUGCAACCACUCCGCUGAAUCAAUCACUGAACGGCAAGAAGAUCUGAAACACUAUAUAUACCCGCCUUCAAAUCAAAAUUUCCAGCAUUGUUUGAAGAAUGAAUAAUUUAUGAUCGCAAUUUUUUAGCAAGAAAUGCCUCCCAGACUAUUUUUGAUAUUUGCAGUUCUUCACUCAGUUCAACAGCAAACAAUUUAAUUUAAAGUUUGUCCGCUAACUGUAAUAAUCUCGCGAUCAAUUUGGGAAGUUGAUAAUCAUCUAUUCUUCAUUCUAAGAAGAAACUUUUAGUACUAAUUUCUUACGGAUUGGUAAAGUUCUAUUAAUCAGCAUGCUUUUAUUAUUUUACAGCUAGUGAUGAAGGGGACAUCGGAUUAUGUGGAAAGAUUUUGACAGUUCUGUCAUUGAUCGUCGUCGCCUGCACCUUCCCGUUCUCAUUAUUCUUUUGUUUGAAGGUAAGGAGUUUAUAGAGUUACCUUUCCUCCGUUGGUGAAGUCUGAAUGUUUUAUGGAAUGACUCGAUUGCAAUUUGCAAAGAGUCUAGAAAAGAAAUGCAUAAUUAAAAGUCUCUCAGGAGUUUAGUAGACGUCAUCCUUGCUUUGUUUAUAUAUGUCUUGUAUACAACGCCUGCGUUUCAAACCGUGGGAAGUGGUUCUCUGUGAAUUGGCUUAGUAGAAGCCUUCUCAAUGACGGAAUAAUACACGACAAGUUUUCCUUAAAGUUAUUUAUUUAAAGGAGUUUGUUUUGGCCGUUGUUACCGCGUUGCCGUCGUACAUGUCCACCCCACGAUCUCAGACGUGACUGAGGUGGUCGCUACAUUGAACUAUAUAUAGUUCAAUGGGUGGUCGCUCUGACUGUCCCAACCGCUGACCUUAAAUUUUAUUCCCUUGCAGGUCGUGGCAGAAUAUGAAAGAGCGGUCAUAUUUCGUCUGGGUCGAAUCACACCAGGAGGAGCGCAAGGACCUGGUAAGUAGAAUGGAGUACACAAAGUCAUGUAUUAGAAAAGUUUUAAAUACAGUGCAACAGAACGCUGGACCCUUUGAUAAGAAACGGUAAUAGUUUAAACUCGUUCAAAAAUGCGUAUAUUAAGACCCCGUUUACACAGUAACGGACGAAUUUGGAACCGGUCUAAAAUUCGUCCUUUUUUGCCUGUUUACACGCGAAUUCGUCCUGUUGGGGGUCUCAAAUUCGUCUGGUUCCAUGGUUCUCGUGUGUUUACACGGCCGAAACGGCCGAAUUUUUGUCCGAUUCCAAAUUCGUCCGAUACCGUGUAAACGGGGUCUAAAGCUCAUUUUAAUAGACAAAUAUUCUUAUAACAUGGAUUUUAUACUUGUAACUGAUUGUAAAGACUGUUUUUUUGCGAUAACUAUAAUUAUUUAAUCUGCACUAUAGUUUUGUUUGACUAUCUUAAUUAAUAGAGUUGUAUAGAUACUUCCUUUUGUAACGUUAAGGCUAGGAAGUCCCUAGGGAAGAUAAGCCUUUGGCUACCUUAUUAAAUAAAGAUGAUUAUUAUUAUUAAUGGCCCCAAGGGUCAAGACUAAAUUUUGCCAAAGACCUCAAUAUUUCCGUUUCAUAAAACUUUCCUUCCAACAUCAACAAAAAUCCAUCUACUAUUUGGUCUAGGUUAACUGGAUUGAUUUAUUGCAGGUAUUUUCUUUGUGUUACCAUGCAUUGAUGUAUACUCAAAGAUCGACUUGAGAACAGUGUCGUUUGAUGUGCCUCCACAGGAGGUAAUUAUACAAUACUCGAUACAAAUGAAACUUGACAAAUAUUAUUCAUACUGUUUGUAAGUUCUAAAGAGUUCUUUCUAGAGAAAUACUAGAGGAAAUGAACCCAUAGUAGCCAACAAAAAUCUGCAGUGUUUGGUAGAACUAUUGAACUGAUAGAACCAAACUGGAAGCAUUCUUCUCACAUCGGACUGAGGUGAAAUUAUAAUCAGACAAUGCAUUUGUAUAUUACAUGAAUCAAACCGCGAUCACACAAGUGAGAGAUAAAUACGUAGCCCAAAACUUUAAUUUACACGGCAAAUAAUAAGCCUACGAACUCCCCCAUUUAGGACAUUUUUUAUUUUAAUGAAGUUUCUCCUGUGAUGUGCAAAACAAGACUGUAGUGGUUAUGAAGACAUGCAGUUGAGAUACAAUAUAUGCAUUACAUAUGAUCUUGUUUCUCUGGUUUAGGUCUUGACUAAAGACAGCGUGACAGUAACGGUGGAUGCUGUAGUCUACUUCAGAAUUUAUAAUGCUACCAUUUCCGUGACGAACGUGAGUGAUGCCCAGGCCUCUACACGACUUCUGGCGCAGACCACUCUUCGGAACAUGAUCGGAAGUAAGAACUUGUCGGAAAUCUUCGGAGAUCGAGAGACGAUCAGUAAUACAAUGCAGGUACGAUGUUUAAGAUAGUGACAGUAGCAUAAGAUCAGUUCAGACAGAUUUGAGGCUCCUUUUAGUUAAAACCGACAUAAAUAAAGCUUUUAGAUGUCCUAAAGUGGUGCAAGAUUUUUCAAUUCCUUACCUAGCAAUCUAAUAAGUGAAUAAAUUUUCCUGCGCUAUAUGCAAACAUGUUGUGCUUUGUCAAUGCUUUGGCAUCAGGUCAUAAAAAAUCAUACAGUCAUAUAUAGUUAUAUAUAAUAUCUUUAUGAGGGACAUAUGGAAGAAUACCUUAGUGGUAAAUAUCUAACUAUUAUUUUUCAUUCUUUUAAAUAGAGCAUGUAUGAUACGAAGCAAAGAGUAAGUAAGGCAGACAGCUAAAAAUUCAAUUUUUAAAUUUUUUUUCAACAGAUGAUCCUGGAUGAGGCGACCGACCCAUGGGGAGUGAAAGUUGAGCGAGUCGAAGUGUAAGUAUAUGAUGGUUCUUAACUGGUUAAUUUAUUCUUUAACUUGGUUCUUUUACAUUUUAUGUGAAGAAUAUUUACCAUCAAUAUUUGUUAACGUUUUUUAGUAAAGACAUUCGUCUUCCCACCCAACUGCAGCGCGCCAUGGCGGCCGAGGCGGAAGCAUCCCGAGAAGCGAGAGCCAAGGUUUGUACCACUAGUUUUGUACCAAAGAUGAUGGUAUAGAAUGGCGAUGAUGAUGGUAUUAUAUCACAUGAUUUGUUAUGGGGCAGUAUGAUCUGGUGUGGCAUAGGGCAAUAUGGUGCUUUAUAGUUUGGCAUGGUGUUGUGUAUGGUAUGGGAAGGGAUAGCGUGGUAUAAAUUUGGUGUUGAAUGGUAUGAUAUAAUUUGGUAUGGUUUGCGGUAUAAAUGAUAUGGUAUAGUAUGGUAGGUGUGAUAUAUGGUGUGAUAUUGUAUGGUUUGAUAUGGUAUGCUAUGAUAUGGUAUAGUAUAUGGUGCAGUGAUAGUAUGGUGUGAUACGGUAGAUGUGAUUAGUAUGGUAUCGUGUGAUAUGAUAUGGUCAGUAUAUAUGGUGUGAUAUGGUAUGCUGUGAUAUAUGGUAUGGUAGAGCGGUAUGGUAUGGUGCAUAGUGUAGUAUGGUAUGGUAUGGUGUACUCUGUAUAGUUUGUUGUAGGAUGACUGGUGUGGCCAGGUGAAUAUGGUACUAUAUGGAGUAGUGUGAUAUGUGGCAGUGUGGAAUGGCUAAACUUUAUUUUUUUUAGAUAUGGUUGGUUUAUUUGUAGACUCUGUGACAUUAACGAAUAUUAAAAUUCUCAUUUUCAAUUCUACCCAGGUGAUUGCAGCAAACGGCGAGCGCGAAGCAGCACGUUCAUUGAAAGAAGCCUCAGAAGUGAUGUCAGAGUCCCCAUCAGCCUUACAACUGCGAUAUCUUCAGACACUCAACACGAUCUCAGCCGAGAAGAAUUCCACCAUCAUAUUCCCUGUACCUAUCGAUAUGGUCAACCGCUUUCUGCCAUCCUAGAUUUUGAAUUUCCGGGGACACUGAAACUGGAGGAAAGAGAAAUGAGGGGGAGGAGUUGUUGUCUUAUCGUUUUCCUAGGGGGCGUGGGGGUUAGCUGUAUCUCUCAUCUUUUUGAUUUUGGAAAAACAUGUUCGUUAGUAAAAGCUAGGGGUAAUAGUUAACAGUUUGUUCUUGUGCUCUUGAUAAGACCAUAAUCUUAUAACACCCUCCCCCCCUUUUCCCUCCUAUAAUUUCGGUGUCCCCUGCUGUUGUCUAGAAAUAUUUGAACUUAGAUUAACGAUGGUGUAUGUAUAUAUACCAAUUAGGAGUUUUCAAAAUUUUAUAUAAUUGUAAUAGCACUAAUUUAUUUUAGGUUCUUAUAUAUGUACUUCCAUAGAUACUAAUUAAUUUAAAUAUCGUUUCUAACUAGGAGACUAAUUUUGAAGUCAUGCAUGUAGCCGCAUUCUCAUCAAAUAUAUAAGGCUGGCCAGAUAUAAUUGGGCAUUGGAGAUCACCUAAAUUUGCACUCUUAAUACUUAACGAGCUUUUUUACUGUAUACAUUGUAAGCAUAUGUCAACGUCUGUAACAUAUUAUAGUUUGUGGGUGUUAACAAAGUCAAUAUUUGUUUAAAAUAAAGUUAUAACUACUUUAAUUUAA